AGCGAGCAGGGCGAGGCGGGCGGGGGCGGCUCCCCGCGUCGCCACGGUCUCCUGGGCAGCCCCCUGCCGCCGGGCGCGCCCCUCCCUGGGCCGGGCUCCGGUUCGGGCUCCGCCUGCGGUCAGCGCUCCUCGGCCGCGCACAAGCGCUACCGCCGCCUGCAGAACUGGGUCUACAACGUGCUGGAGCGGCCCCGUGGCUGGGCCUUCAUCUACCACGUCUUCAUAUUUUUGCUGGUCUUCAGCUGCCUGGUGCUGUCCGUGCUGUCCACCAUCCAGGAGCACCAGGAAUUUGCCAAUGAGUGUCUCCUCAUCUUGGAGUUUGUGAUGAUCGUGGUGUUUGGCCUUGAGUACAUCAUCCGCGUCUGGUCAGCUGGAUGCUGCUGCCGUUACCGAGGAUGGCAGGGCCGCUUCCGCUUUGCCAGAAAACCCUUCUGUGUCAUCGACUUUAUCGUGUUCGUGGCCUCGGUGGCCGUCAUCGCCGCCGGCACCCAGGGCAACAUCUUUGCUACGUCUGCGUUGCGAAGCAUGCGCUUCCUGCAGAUCCUACGCAUGGUGCGCAUGGACCGCCGCGGUGGCACUUGGAAGCUGUUGGGCUCAGUGGUCUACGCGCACAGCAAGGAGCUGAUCACCGCCUGGUACAUUGGGUUCCUGGUGCUCAUCUUCGCCUCCUUCCUGGUCUAUCUGGCCGAGAAAGACGCCAACUCUGACUUCUCUUCUUACGCUGACUCACUCUGGUGGGGCACGAUUACUCUGACAACCAUUGGUUAUGGUGACAAGACACCGCACACGUGGCUGGGCAGGGUCCUAGCUGCCGGCUUUGCCUUACUGGGCAUCUCCUUCUUCGCCCUGCCUGCCGGUAUCCUAGGCUCUGGAUUUGCCCUGAAGGUCCAGGAACAGCACCGACAGAAGCACUUUGAGAAGCGGAGGAUGCCAGCGGCCAACCUCAUCCAGGCUGCAUGGCGCCUGUACUCCACUGACACAAGCCGGGCCUACCUGACCGCCACCUGGUACUACUAUGACAGUAUCCUCCCGUCUUUCAGAGAGCUGGCCCUCUUGUUUGAGCACGUGCAACGGGCCCGCAAUGGGGGCCUACGGCCCCUGGAGGUGCGGCGGGCGCCGGUACCCGAUGGAGCACCCUCCCGUUACCCGCCCGUUGCCACCUGCCACCGGCCAGGCAGCGCUUCCUUCUGCCCUGGGGAAAGCAGCAGGAUGGGAAUCAAAGACCGCAUCCGCAUGAGCAGCUCCCAGCGACGGACAGGCCCCUCCAAGCAGCACCUGGCCCCUCCUCCAAUGCCUAUCUCCCCGAGCAGUGAGCAGGUGGGUGAGACCACCAGCCCUACCAAGGUGCAGAAGAGCUGGAGCUUCAAUGACCGCACACGUUUCCGGGCCUCACUGAGACUCAAACCCCGUGCCUCUGCUGAGGAGGGCCCCUCAGAGGAUGUGGCGGAGGAGAAGAGUUACCAGUGUGAGCUCACAGUGGAUGAUGUCAUGCCUGCCGUGAAAACGGUCAUCCGCUCCGUCAGGAUCCUGAAGUUUCUCGUGGCCAAAAGGAAAUUCAAGGAGACGCUGCGACCGUAUGACGUGAAGGAUGUCAUUGAACAGUACUCGGCUGGGCACCUCGACAUGCUGGGUCGGAUCAAGAGCCUGCAGACUCGGGUGGACCAGAUUGUAGGUCGGGGGAUCGGAGACCGGAAGGCCCGGGAGAAGGGCGACAAGGGGCCCUCCGACCUAGAGGCUGUGGAUGAAAUCAGUAUGAUGGGACGCGUGGUCAAGGUGGAGAAGCAGGUGCAGUCCAUCGAGCACAAGCUGGACCUGCUUCUGGGCUUCUAUUCACGCUGCCUGCGCUCUGGCACCUCGGCUAGCCUGGGCACAGUGCAAGUGCCGCUCUUCGACCCCGACAUCACCUCGGACUAUCACAGCCCUGUGGACCACGAGGACAUCUCCGUCUCCGCACAGACGCUCAGCAUUUCCCGCUCAGUCAGCACCAACAUGGACUGAGGGGGCUUCUCAGGGGCGGGACAGCACACGGCCAGCCCCUCGGCUUCGCGCUCGACCCGCUCUCUGAGGCCUCAGGACUCCACUUACUUGAACUUGCAUCCCUUUCUCUGGGAGAGAGGCCACGCGCAGUAUUGAGCUGCCUGGGUGGGCGAGAUACCAGCUGUGGGUGCUAGUGACCCGCCCCACCUCAGGAGCACAAGAUGCCAGGUCGCAAGGCAGGCAACAGCAGCGGCUGCCCCGCGACCUCUGGGCCCCCCAGUACCCUGCCCACUCCAUCAAGGCGUGAUCUGGUCCGCUUGGCAGGGGCACUGCCCCACGAGUGAGAGCGGGGUGCUUGGGCACUGGGCCCAGACCCAGCUUCCAGCUAUGCAAGGUGAGGUCUCUGGCCCGCCCUUUGGACAGAGCAGGGAAGCCCUCCUGCCAAGGCCCUGCCCCACUUGGGGGUGGGCCCAAGGUGCCCCCACAGGUACCCACAAGACACAGGACCCUGCCACAUGGUAGGUGGACACCAUAUAUGCAAACUGUGUUAAAUAUGCAACUUCAGGGACCCCCAUGGGGUCUCCUUGCCCCUCUCCCAUCAGGAGAUGGGCCCCCAGCAGUAGCUGGCCUCAGGCUGCUUGGCCAUGACCUCCACCCAGUUCUUUAGCUUAUGUCUACCCAGCGUAGGUUUCCCUCGGCCGUUCCCAAGGGCCGUGCCUGGGUCUCUCUUCCCAUUUGCAGGUGUCACUUCCCAGGGGUUCCC